UCGAUUCGGGCAGCGCGACGUCCGCGCCGGCGGAAUGCAGAAGCGUCCGCGGUAAACAACCAGGGGCCGGCCCGAAAAUGGUUCAUGCGUUGCACGCCUCCGUGAGGUUCUUGGUGCUCUUUGGCGCGGCGUGCUUCCACCCGGCGCAAGUGACACCCAAGGUGGUGGGCACGCCAGCGACGGAGGCCACCACCACGAGCGGGCCGCCAUCGUCGCCAGCACCCGUGGCGUCGCGUACAAGCUGCCCUCCGCCAGAGAUCGUGCUCAACGGUUCGCUGUUCCAGACCGACAGCACAGCAGCGCAGCAGUUCGGCAAUGUGUACGAAGUGCGCUUCAUGGGCCUCUUCGGGGGCGCUGCCAAAAAGCGCGCCUGCAAGAUCAAGUGCGUCAACGGCGUCUGGCUCGGACCUUUGUGCGCCGUCGAGAGCGAGGCUGGAGACGGCGGCCGGUUCCACUCAGUGCUGAAGCCGUGCCCCCUGAGGCCCAUGAAGCCUCACCUGGUGGUGCACCACGAGGGGCGGCCCCUCACCGUCACCGGACUCACCCAAAUGGCGCACGAGAGCGUCCUCAGCUUCCGCUGCACCCAGCUGGGCCGCUACAAGUUCGUGGGCAACGCGACCGUGCGUUGCCUGAAUGGCCAAUGGUCGGCCGCUAUGCCCAGCUGCCUGGAGACCUCGCAGCAGAGCAACUUCUCUGUGCAGGUGCCACCCACCAUCCUGUAUUCGGUGGAGAAAGGCGACCACGGCGUGUCCGAGGAGGGCGAGCUGGUCGUGUAUUCGGAGACGAACGUGUACCUCUACUGCCUGUACCAGCGCUUCAGCGGCAAUCCGCAGUGGGCCUGGACUUCUCAGAGAGACUACGCCAAGGGCUGGAUCCUGUCGGCCGACGAGAAACAGUGGCGCUACGAGCUGCUCAUUUACAAGGCGAAAGAGCACGACUCCGGGACGUACACUUGCACGACGCCUCGGGGACAGACCAACGAGAUUCACGUCCGAGUCAGAGAUGUAACGUGCCCGCCCAUUGAAGGUUACGGAGACGAGAACCGCGUGACCAGUGACCAUGGCAACCAGAUGCACAGCAAGGCCAAGUUUGCCUGCAUGGAAGGCUACAACCUGGUCGGCUCGGAGGAGGUCGUCUGCAGCCCUUCGGGUCGGUGGUCCGACAAGGCGCCGCAUUGCGUAGUGAUCCAGUGCCCGACGAUACCGAGCGCGAGUCAUCUCAAGAUGAGCACGCACAACAGGACCUACGGUAUCCGCGUGCACUUCAGCUGUCCGUCUAACUACAGGCUUCUGGGACCGCCAUUCGUCACCUGCUGGAAGAACGAGUCCUGGUCGGACACGCCACCCACCUGCGAACCGAUCCGGUGCCGCAGUCCACUACCACCAGCGCAUGGUCGUGUGUUGUACGGAGGCCGGCAGUACCCGGGAGACAGCGUCCACUACACGUGCAACGCGGGCUACGUGCUGAUCGGCGAGUCUGUCAGCGUCUGCCAGGCAAACGGCACUUGGUCCAACAACUUGCCCAAAUGCAAGCCGGCCUGCGAGUUCCCGGGCCAGCCGGCGCACGCACGCGUCCUGCCGUCCAAGUUUCACUACGACAUCGGCGAGCUGGUGACGGUGGCGUGCAACGUGGGCUUCCGGCUGCUGGGAUCGGCGCAGCUGCGCUGCUCGCGCGAUGGCCACUGGUCGCACCCGCUGCCCCACUGCCGCCGCCUGGUCCUGCACAAGUAGUACCAGCGCGUGCAAGGGGGCAUCAUCAUCCAGCACAUGUCGCCACCGCACCGGACCUAAGACCCAAAACCCCGCCGGCUGCCAGACACCCCCGGUUCACUGCACCGUGCUUCGCUGUUUUCCGUUUCUAUUCUACUUGCUCACGUUGCUUUCCAGAGAAAGAUGCUCUCGCGCGUUUUGCUCUUCAACAAACAUGCGUGCCACGAAAGAAACAUGCGACGCCAAGUUUUCCCAAGGGUGAGGUAAAACAAGACGAAAGAAGAGAAUGCCGUUUUCAGUUGCGCUGUCAUAAAAAAUUAGUCAAAACGCAUUCCUGAUGUCUCUCUAUGUAAGCUAAGCUUUCUUAGUUUUAUAGAAUGGGACACUGAAACACAAGAGUGGCUUGUUGGCCUAGUUGGCACAUGCUUAUACUAAGCGAAUACCAGCCACCUUCCUGUCGCUUUGUCUAUGUAUGCUUCUCGAUUUUUUUUUAUUCCUUAUUCGAAUUUGCUGGCAUUCUCUUAGAAUUGAAACGCAACAUAUGAUAUGUACAAUCUGCAGUUCUCUCUAUUUACAGAUUGCGACGUGUGGUUGGUUUCGAGUCGUUUCUUUUCUUCUUGUUCCGCAGCUGCCUGGACCUUCCGAAUGGGUGCCAUUCACAACUGAGAGCAAAGGUCUUAUGCAGUUUCUUUUAUAUGUUUCAUGACGUCAAUUUCCUGUUUCUAAUUGGUUAGUUCCGAGUACCUUUUCCCAUUUAUUUGCGAAAUGCAACUGCUCUUGCUACUGCCGAAAGACUCCAUGCUGACAAUUUCCGCGCGUUUAAGUCGCUUGCUACGCUGCGCAUACGUCAUAAGUCAUGUGAGUGAACUAAACACACAUGUAGCGCACAACCUUUAGUCAAGCGCCGCGGUCGACUGGGGUUGAUUACAUAUUCAUAGGAGUUAGGGGUGCAGAAAGGGUGCAGGAUAUGUGGUCCAAAUUAGGAACUAUAUGAACCAAUAGAAGACUACAAUAAUGUGGUAGGUGUCCGCCAAGCUGAGGGAGCGGGGCGUUUUGACCUCGGCGUACAUCUGCGCCGUCCGUAGCUGUUUAGCAGUGGACCGCAGAUUUUGGGGGAAAAGGCUAAAAAAACGUCGCUUUUUAAAAAAAAAGGCCACAUGUUCUUCUGAACAUUUCGCAAAAUCACUGGUGUACAUUUUGUUCGCUCUACAGGACUGAACGUCUGGGCGGUAGCCAAGGCAGCUCUAUGUGUGAGUCCCUCAUGGAUAUCAAUGCGAUGCUCUGAAGACACGUCUUUCUUACAACAUGGUGCUGUUUAACUGAGGACAUGUCAUAGGGCUUCAAUUUUUUUAUCGACCCUUAGAUUUUGCCUAUAGAACAAAUUACCGCGAAGCGUCUACUCUACUGCGAUGAACAUUAGAGGAUAUUGCUGGCGUGGUAUCAGUCGAAUGUUUCGAACUCGGAACCCUCUGCGCAUAGUUGUUCUAUGGGUGCCAUCCGCAUCAAUAAAUGUGCUGGCGACCAUGAGUGCGAGGUUGCGUCGUGCUUAUAUAAGCGGCAUCUAGACAACGCGCAACAACAAAAUGGCGAUCUAUUGCAAGUACAGCCUACCGUUAGUAAUCUCCACGCGCUGAGGUCAUGAGAUGCGAUGCGAUAACGUUUUUAAAGUGUCGCCGCCGGCUUGGUCUCUCACUAGCUGAUGGAUAUCCCUCUCUCUCUCUCUCUCUCUCUCUCUCGUGUUAUAGGACCACUUGCAAAAAUUUUGCUUAGAGUUUAUAGCCAUAUUCCGUGCGUAAGUUGUGAACGGAUGUAUUUACCCUAUACGUCAGGAAAGCGUAAUCGCACAUGUCACGCAUGACGUCACAGCUUCGCCACCACGGAUAAGACAACUAUCCAUAGACCCUCAAAAUUUUGGCCCACUGUGGGUGCUGUCAUAUGCGCUGUCACUCUCAAUGCCCUUCGGAGAUUCUCUUGAAAUAUUUUUAAAUUAUCUCUAAAAGCUAUCAAUACAUAAAUUAUAUCGCUAUAAACGCUUUCAUAUCAUGUGUUCAAUCUGCAGUAUAAAUUAACCUUCAUAUAGGGGUGUGCGAAUACCGUAUAGUAGAUUUCAAACCGAAUAUCGAACCGAAUCAAGAAAAAACAAAGCCCAGUAUCGAAUCGAAUAACGAAUAUUAGAAACUUUUUCACAAAACUUAUUGGUUAGAAACACGGUGCUGCACAUGGUCGGAAGUCUCCUAAGCUUGCAUAAUAAGAAUGCAGCAAGCUAUAAGUAGCUAAUGUACAUAGAAAUCAAGAUAUGCAGUACAGUCUGCUCUUAUUGAAGGAAACCCCAAAUGAGUAUGCCAGCACUGAUUACGGCUCAGUUCUAGUAUGCGAAGGUCUGAAAAAUAUCACUUUUAUCACUAGAAUUUCUGUUGCAUAUAAUCAAGUGCUUUUAUUCUUUUGAAAGUAAUGAAUUAGAGACGUUCCGUUGUACUGAACGCGAAUAAGCUUCUCAGUUUAUUAUUAUUUUUUUUUAAUUAUGGGGUUUUACGUGGCAAAACCACUUUCUGAUUAUGAGGCACGCCGUAGUGGAGGACUCCGGAAAUUUCGACCACCUGGGGUUCUUUAACGUGCACCUAAAUCUAAGUACACGGGUGUUUUCGCAUUUCGCCCCCAUCGAAAUGCGGCCGCCGUGGCCGGGAUUCGAUCCCGCGACCUCGUGCUCAGCAGCCUAACACCAUAGCCACUGAACAACCACGGCGGGUUCAGUUUAUUAUUGAACCUGUGCUUUGCGGCAAUCUUUUAUUUAUUGCAUAGAGAGUUUUGCUUUCCAGUUUCUCUCUAAAAUACAGAAGGCCUAACCCUACUUUAUGGCUGUUGGGUUAUCGUAAGGCCAAUCUGCGCGACGUACUAAAGGAUCGCGCAUCACGUGACUCGGUCACCGUUCCGUGCGUAGCCGGCGCCGACGGUAGAGGGCAGCGCCGUUUCAUUGUCCGAUUCGGCAUGAUUUGCCACAUGUGAGAUCAUGCAAUCUAGAGGGUCACGACAAGUUCUCGCGACGCUCGCUACGAAAGGAGACCGAUGUGCGUGAACGACCGGCGUCGGGAGCGAGAGGCCACCGUACGGUAUGUCUCAAAGAUGGCGACCGUGAACAACCUUGGUGCCAUCCCGUGCAUUCGCUUUCAUUUGCGAGACGGUUUGUCGGCUUUCCGCCUGCUACGAGUAAAUCUGCGUCGACUCGGCGCCAAACCGUAACUUGAGUCGCCGACGCCCGACGAAGCAGGGCCGAUUAAGCCUAACGGCCUAUAACAGUGUGGUCGUUGCGGUAACGGGUCGCAAGCGUUCGCGGAAAGCUUGCCGCUGAUAUGUCCGUGCGGGUGGCUCAUCAGUGAUCGGUCCCGAGAUCGCUCGUCCGGGUUUUAUUGACGGCUGGGGAAGCGGCUUGAAGUUCAUCGCUACGUAUUCAACACGAUCUGCGUGCCAAUAGGCGGCUAAUCGGUCCGAUCUUCGCGCAUGUUUUCGCACUUUACGAAAUACGCGCUGUUAUAUUGUCGCCGUUCCCUCUGUCCGAGUCGCGUUAUCAUUUAUGUCGGUUCUGUCGAGCCGGACGAAGCUUGCACCGACAUAAGUGGCCCCGGCCGACGCGGUUCCAUUUUGCGAAUUGCCUGUGUGUGCGAUCCUCGUCUCGGUAUGACGGCGUGAAGCGCUAGCAGUUAUAGUCAGCUACCGCGUCAGCCGGGGCGGCAGGUCUGCGGCGCUUCUUUUACGCUGAAAACAAAGUGAAACGCUCGCUAGGGCGGCAUCAAGCUCGAGGGCCUCAGCGGUGCACGGGACCUGUGGCACUGCGCGGGUCUCCACAUCGAAUAUGUCGCAUAUUCGAAAAAAAUUGUAUAGUAGAUAUUCGAUUCGCGAAUCCAAUUAUUCGAACGUUCGCUGUUCGAUUCGAUUCGGUAAUAUUAGAGUAUUCGCACAUCCCCACUUUUUUCACGUUGAUGAUCGCACCUGAAAAUUCUCCGAGGUGGGUAUUUACGUUCUGCUAUAAGAAAUAUUCUUAUGCCAUACUGAGAAGGGCGUUUUUUUAUCAAUUUUUAUUAGUUUAUUGGCUAUUCUUACAUAAUGCUUAUGUAAGAAUGUAAGAAGUUAUGUAAGAAUUUGGUCGAACAGCGAAGCUGUGUUAGUUACACCGAGUGUUACACCAUGCAAUUGAUUAUUAGUGUAAUGUUGUAUUUGUUGAUGGUGGACGCUGCCGUUUAAACUCGGCAUCUCUGGCGCGCAGCUCGGGGUCGGCCCAACGACGAUGAGCCCGUUCACGAGCCAACUCUCGCUGACGCUCGCGGUAGGCAGCUUCUUGCUCCGGAGUACGCACUACUCGGGGUCUUCCCAUAGUUGUAGCUGGGACGGAAUGUGCGGAACCACUAAUUCAAAGCUCCGUAUAAUGGGCGCAAGGCCCACCACUGGAGAUGCGGUCGCUGCAAUCUUUUUAACGAUUGGUUGGGUUCACAGUUUCCUACAAUAUAGUAGAGGGAACUCUGGCGCUGCAGUCAUUGACCCACCUUGGGAAUGAUGGCAAGUACAUGGAUUUGUUUGAUCUUCGUUCUUGUGGAUUCAGACGUCCUUGUGGCUUUGUAUAUUACGCUUUAUACGCCUUCAUUGUCGUAAAUUUCAGAGCAAUCUUCUCUUCGAAGUGCAGAAGACGCUGCGAGCACGCGGAUCGCUACUAAUUGCAACGAUUGAGUUUGUCGAGGUGGCCAAAUUGAAACGCGCCAAGCGUCUGAAGGCACUGACAUGCCCGCGAUAAAUUCAUAGGGGCGUUUCACAUCGCUUGUCGAUGCAUGCGUCCGGGGCGUAAUGGUCUGAAUAUCAGGCUGCUGUACUAGAUAUGUAAUGUGUUCGAAUCCUGACGUCGGAAAAUUUUAAUAAUGCUUAUUUAAUUAUUUAUGACGCAGUAUACAGUGUCGAAAAUGACGGGUUUACAAAGUCACGAAGCCGUUUCAAGCCAGAAGGACGAAGUUUAGGCAAAUUCAUGUACUUCGCAUACUUCCCAUGCUGGCUCAACCGCUCCCAUUGCAGCUCCUGUAGACACUAGCGCCAGAGUUCCCUCUAAUAAUUAUUGUAUGAAAUUCUAUGGUUGGGAUUAGAUAGACAUGGCUGCCGGCACCUCUUGCUGGCGCAAGAAGUGCUGGCAGCCACGCGCUCCUAGUAUCGCGUUUCAAUCGCUGGGUACUGUUCGUUGGCCGCAAACCGCCAGCAUAACAUUUAUUGCUUUCGGGUGGGAUCAAUCGUCGAUAAAUUCUAUGCCAACCUGGCUUGAUCGCCGAAAGUGCACCGUGUGACAACCGUAUGCGAUUCGCGUAUAAUGUAGCAUUCUCACAGGGGAUGGGCUCACUCCUUUCCCUCUGUUGAGCUCUUCGUUUCCUCUCCCGCUAGGUCACGUGGCUCCUCUUUAGCGAAGUCCCACAACGACGGCCCAGGGUCCGCAUAAACAGCUUUGGUGUAAAACUGUGUUUCUUGAGUAUGAGCCAAGUCUGUAGAGCUCUGGUUGGUUUGGUUAUAUGACCUCAUUGUCCUCGCCUUGGUUUUAUUAAUAUCAUCCGACGAACAGCCCGCACUAGCCCGAGACCAUGGAAGCGCCCGCAACGUAUACAUUGGCACGAUCGUAUGUCGGGACCAGCACUACAGCAUAUACAUUUUCUCCGUUCUAAUUCUCUCGAUGAGAACCGCGACGUAAGAUUUGCAACAGUGUAGCCACCACACAACACAAUGGACGGCGAAAUGCUUUUUUUGUUCUUCUUUUCUUUGUAAAGAAGUGAACUCCAGGCAUUGCCGGCGAGAAUAAAAGAAAUGUUACUAUCAAGACUCGGUGUAGCGGCUAGUAUUCCUUUUGUAUAAGCGUAACAUAAUAAAAGAAACACUGGAGUUAUGACUAAGUACGCAGUCACUGCUUUUAAUAACAUGAAGAAAGCAGACUAGAAAAAAAAAUGUGAAAGCAAAUGUCAUUUUCGUUUCAAAAUCUAUAAAAAGGGGAGCGAAAGCUCCUCCUUUUUUUUUUUUUUUUUUUUGCAUAUAGACAUCAUGCAGAGUGCUGCGCCGGAAGGUAUCGCUCGAAUGUCGGCUCACGUAAAAGGAAGUCAUGUAUCCCAUUUCAUCGGGCGGUUGAACAGUCAUCCGUCGAGCCUAUCGCUAGAAGUGCAACAGCCUUACACAAUAUCUCGCUGGGAAGCAAAAAAAAAAAAAAAAACAAAAAAAAAGAAAUCUCGUUUGGAGGCGUUUCUUGCUUGCGUGUGCGGGCUAAAACGGCGCAGCUGCUCCUAUUCCACGGAUGAUAUGAUAUACAAUUCGUCAAAAUAAUUUCUCUCUCUUUUCCUCUCUCCCUCUACAGUGAUCCUUAUAUUUCAACAGGCAGCUGUGAGCUUGUGAAGCUGUUAUUUUUUUAUGCGAGAGAUUCGGUUGCUUAUAUUGUCAAGCAGUAAUACUGCACAUGCGUAUCAAUUUUCUAGCGCAUUAUGUAUAGCUCGACACUGUUACCAAACUUCCUUUGUUUCUUUUGGGGGGGGGGGGGGGGGGAUAGUCCGACUUGUUUGCGUGAAAUAUGUGGGCUAGAUCUGCGCAUCGCUGAGAUCCAAAGGGGUCGCGAUCCCUUGAACGAAUGGAACCCCACCUAUAACCCCGACUCGAUUUCCCCCCGCUCCAUUUUUUCUUUGUUUCUUUAAGUGAACGAAGCGUUCCGAAGCCCGCUGGACCUGCAAAGUGCGACGGCGCUAUGAACGGCGCUUCAUUACGGCGCCGCAGCCAGCGGUGCAGCUCGAUGUGACGGCCACCUUCGCUGCUUCUUUCUGUAAUUCGUCCCAGAAUGCUUUUAUUUUUGCCGCAUAUUCUUUAGCCUUCUUUGGCGGCUCUCAGUAGAGAACGAAGAGCGGGUUCGGCACUGCCGCCACCCCUGUCCUGCUGCGCCCGCAAUGCUCGGCCGCGCGCGUUCGUAUAACUCCGACCUGCAGGCACUUGCCGUUCAUUUUUCAUCGAGUGCAUGUCGAAUCAAGGACGUGUGACACGUGCGGUGACAUCCUGCCUGCCUCCUUGCAACAGGCGCCAACGCUCUGCAAUACGCCGGUUCUCCUGUGUCAACCGCUUGUGCACAAUUCCUGCACACGGGCGAGAAUUCGCCGUCGAGGAAGAUGAGAAGCGUGUGUUGAGCACUUCUCGGUCGAGAAGCAGCAGCGCUGCCCAGAAGCUUGCGGCUUGUUCCUCACGAGGGCCUACGCGCUGGGUCGACGUAGCUCGUAUGACAAGUUAUCUUAUACACGAUACGGUUUGUUUGCGUGUGUGUGUGUGUGCGUGUGUGUGUUCGUGCUUGUGAUUGCGUGCACCGUAGGUCGCGGCGUACGCUUGUCACGUGUCGCAUGUCUGAUUUCACCUUACUGGCCUUCUCGUUCCAACGUCGAUCUCCCUGACAGCUCGUUCGGCUCUCGUAGCACUUGCCCGUGCGAGCACGACGGUAGUGGUCGAAACCCGACAGCCGGGUCGGUGCUGUUGUGGGACGUUGAACCGCGUACUGGCAAAAGUGGUUGCUCGAAUCAGGGGCCAACUGAAGUGCCAAACGUAGGCGAACGCUUCUGGGAAAGCUAUAGUAUAUUUUGUGUCUUUACAACUACGAGUAGCGCUGUUUUCAGCGCCCAUGUCGUUUUCUCUGGUCAUUGUAUCUAUUUGCUUGGGUUCUUCUGCAUGAUAUGUGUUCCAGCUUCGUGCAACAUAUAUACAAUUUUUUUUUUUUUUGCCCUCGUAUGGGUUACACCUUGAACAGGUUAUUCCCGCAGCUGUACAUAUGUUUUUCUAUGCACAGUGUGUUUUAUAUUUGCGUAUAUAUUGUUAAAAUAAAGCCUCUGAGGUUGAACAUGUGCAGAAAGUAAUUAAAGUGCUUGUUAUACCAGC